AUGACAGCCAAUUUUCGCCUGUAUAUUGCUAAUCAAGUAGCUCAAUUAUUACAACAGGAAGUCAAUCUCAUUAGCAAUCAAAUACGAGUUACAGGACGCAACUACAAAUCGUUUGGAUUUAUUCUUCCCGUAAAUAAUGUUCUUACCAAUCAAUUACCCAAGGGAGCUAAUACAUUCCGACACAGCUGCCAAACAGCUCAAAAUCUGGCUCAACAGGUACAAAUUGAUAAUCAUUAUAUCCAUAACGUCACCGUUGAUAAAGCAUCCAUCAUCUUUCAACCCAAUCAUCAAACAUUGAUGACGGAAGUACUGAACAAUGCAAUGAAUAACAACGCUGUGACCGACUACUCUAAUGAAACUAAAAAACAUAUUUUAGUGGAUUACAGUUCUCCCAAUAUUGCUAAACCUUUCCAUGUCGGUCAUUUAAGAUCAACCUUUAUUGGUAACUUUAUUGCCAAUAUUAACGAAUACUUCGGGAAUAAAGUAACAAGAAUAAAUUAUUUAGGAGAUUGGGGUGUUCAGUUUGGAUUAUUAGGUGUUGGUUUUCAAAAAUUUGGUUCUACGGAAUCCUUAAUCAAUAAUGCCAUCAAACAUUUAUUUGAUGUUUACGUUCAGAUCAACAAUGAGAUGGAACGAGAUGCUAGCAUUCAAGAACGGGCAAGAUUAUUUGCAAGACGUAUGGAAGAAGAUGACGAAGAAUGCAUUAAUCUGUGGAAACAAUUUCGUAGUUUGAGCAUUAAAGAAUACAAAAAGAUUUACAAGGACAUUAUCGAAAAACUACGAGAUGAUGGAUUACUUGUAGACAAUAGAGAUAUUGUGGCAGCAAUAGACCGUUUUGAAAGGUUCAACUUUGAUGAGAUGUACUAUGUGACUUCAAGUGCCCAAAACCUACAUUUUCAGCAUUUAUUUAAAAUUCUCAACUUAAGUGGUUACAAUUGGGUCAAAAAUUGUUACCAUGUCGAUUUUGGCAUGGUGAAAGGUAUGAGUACGCGGACAGGAAAUGUGGUAUUUCUGCAGGAUAUUCUGGAUGAUGCAAAAGAGAGAAUGAUGAAAACCUUAUCUAGAAAACACAAUGAUCCUUCAAGUAUUGCCGAACUAGUUGGUUUGGCUGCUAUUUUAAUUCAGGAUCUGAAAGCUAAAAGAAUUAAAGAUUACGAAUUUAAUUGGGAGAAGAUGCUAGCUUCACAUGGUGAUACUGGCCCUCGUUUGCAAUAUGAACAUGCCCGUCUUGUUAGUAUCGCAGAAAAAACUCAAGUUCCGAUUAACAUGGAAGCAGAUAUAACAUCUUUAUUAUCUGAAAAUUCUGCAAUCAAGCUAGUGGAACAUAUCACUAGGUUCGAAGGGGAACUUGUAAGAGCAAAAUUACACUCAGAGCCAUGCUUUCUUGUUAAUUACCUCUUCAUCUUAAGCCAUUUAAUAUCAGCUGCGAAUCAUAAUUUAAAGGUCUUAGGCCAAACUGAAAAGAUAGCUGAGGCAAGAAUGUUGCUAUUUGCCGCUUCAAGGAAUACUCUGGCUAAAGGAUUGAAUAUAUUAGGUGUCAAACCGUUAAAUAAAAUGUAA